AUGCAUGUUGUCGUUGCUCUUGUGAGAACCUUCAAGUUUAAGAGGCUCAACAUGGGUGUGGACGGCUUGUGGAUGAUAAUAUCUGGCGUAUUUCUUCUGGCUUUCCUCGUUGUCCAUCUUAUCCAGUUCCGUUUCGUCAGCGAGGCCGCCGCUCCCCAGUACUACUUCCGUACCAAGUGGAUGUAUCCCUUCUACUGCAGCGGUGACGAUACCUCUUGCGAGCUCGUCCACUUCAAGGAUCUUUACAAGAUGGAAUUCCAACUUUUUUCGAACCCUUUCUGGGUUUGCUACUACCUCAUCGGCAUUCUAUUCUUCAUAUCGCACGCUCGGGAGGGUCUCAGGAAGAUGGUCAAUUCUCACCCCGUGGUCCCGAGAGCUUACAAAGGGGCGACCAACGCGGUCGGCCAGGUGUUGGUUAUUCUGGUCGGUCUUUGCUACCUCUCUUUUCCGAUUUACAGCUACUUCGCACCGGAAAGAGACUGGAACGCAUAUGACGCUGCUCAGCGUAGGUUAGUAGUUGGGCCUCAAUAG